AUGCCACCAGAAUUAGGCUUAGAUGAGGAAUUCACCUAUAAUACUUAAGUUGACAUUUGGUCUCUAGGUGUAAUACUUUACUACCUGUGCACUAAAAAAUACCAUUACUAAGACAAGACAAUAGGCUAGAUUAAGAUGUAAGAUUAGACAUAGCUUAUCCUACUUGAAGGUGAAUAGAAGGUAUUCGAGCCACUUCUUAAUAAAAUGCUAUAGCUAGACCCUGCUUUAAGAAUAGAUACGCUCUAGGUGCUUCUAGAACUUUGCAAAAUUAGCAACGAACCUCUUAACAAGCAUUUAGAUAUAGAGGAAGAAAAGAAAAGUCAUCAAAGUCCUCCUAGAAAUGAUGAAGCCAAAAGUGUUUUUGCUAUAACGAUAUAAUCAACCAAUGCUAUUGUUAACGAAUUUAUAACUAAACUAGGAGAAUUCAACUAUGGAGCUAUUGAUAAGGUUCAUCCAAAUCCAAAUAGAGUCUUCAUGCCUCUUAUUAAAUAUUCUGAUGGUACUAUGUAUCAAGAAUAAUUGGAGAGAUGGAUAUGGAAGACUAAUUAUAUUUGA